AUGGAAAGUACAAUUGUACCUAAAACUGAUGCCGAUAAGAAUCCAUUUGGGCUUCAAGUUCCACCAUCACGCUUUGUAGCUGAUCUUGUUUGGAUGAGAGAACCGAUGCCGAUCAACAAUCUAUUACCUGGUCAAAUACAAGUUCGUAUUCACUGCGCAGGUCUCAACUUUAGAGAUGUCUUGAAAGUACGUGGUUUGUACCCUCACACACGAAUCUUUGGUCAACGAGAUUGUGACAAACCUCUGAUUGAUCGUGAUAGUAGUGCAGGGACUGAUUUCAUGGGUACUGUUAUUCUUUCUCACUCGAAGGGUUUGAAGAUAGGAGACCGCGUUACUGGCAUAUGCUUGUCAGGUAGUUUCCAUUCCCAUAUUAUUCUCGAUGCCUCAACAGUCUCACGUGUGCCGGACGAAUGUCUGUUGUCAGAUGAAGAAUUGGCUGCUCUACCUACUGCAUUUUUAACAGCACUCCUCUCCUUAAAAUAUCGUAUGAGACUUAAACAAGGCCAGACCGUUCUUAUUCAUGCAGCCACUGGUGCCACUGGCCAAGCUUGUAUUCAGUAUUGUCAGGCAGUUGGUGCUCGAGUUAUCGCUACUGCAGGCAGUAAUGACAAGAGAUGUUUUCUACGAAAUCACUAUGGAAUUGAACAUGUAUUCAAUAGUCGUGAUUUAUCGUUUGUCACUAAAAUACGUUCUCGUUUUCCAAAUGGUGUUAAUGUUAUUGUUAAUUCUCUUUCGGGUCCACUUCUUCAAGAAUCAUUCAAACUACUUGCUUCUCACGGUCAUUUCAUUGAACUCGGCAAACGAGAUGUAUAUGCAGGAACAAGUCUACCAAUUUUUGACUUGCGCCAAGAUUGUAAUUUUCAUGUCAUUGAUUUGAUAACACACCUGAUCGAUGAACCAGACAACGUUCAUGAAAUGUUCGUCGAUGUUUUCGACUAUUUUCGAAGAGGUCUAUUCAAACCAUUCGAACCGUUGACUAUUUUUGAGCCGUCUGAAAUAAUUAAUGCAUUUACACAAAUCAGUCUUGGUACAUUCAUGGGGAAAAUGGCAGUUCGUAUAACGAAUUCUGAACAGCCUCUCUUAGUAAAAGAAAAUAAUAUAAACAUGAAGAUCAAUGAAAACUCAAGCGAAGGAUCGAUGUUUCCAUCUACGGUGUGUGAGAAUGGAACGAUCCUCGUUUCUGGUGGAUUGGGUGGUCUUGGACUCACUAUGUCUCGUUGGAUGGUGGAAAAGCGAGGUGUUAAGCACAUUACUUUAAUGAGUCGUCGUACAAUUGAACUGUUUGAAAAAGCCGAAAAUAAUCCACAAUUAGAAGAUUGGUUACAACUUAAAGAGAUAGCAGUCAAACAUGAUGCUUGCAUUGAUGUCGUUCAAGUGGAUGUGACUCGAUNUAUUACGUUGUGUAAAAAGUUCGUGCGCCGUGUUAAAAUGUCUGAUUACGAAAUCACAAAUUUUGAGUUUCGCGUAUUGCUGCGUCAUUAUUGGAGAAAGAAUUUGGAUGCAAAAGCAGCUGCCAAAGCAAUUUGCGACGUUGAAGGUGAAGGUACGGUGGCACCGCGAACUGCACAGAAAUGGUUCAAGCGUUUCAAUGAAGGCGAUUUUGAUCUUGAAGACAGGCCACGUUCCGGACGACCAACGGUUUUGGACGAAGGAGACUUGCAAGCCACUUUGGAUGUUGAGCCGUCAUCAAGCACACGCGAAUUGGCUGAAGAACUUGGUGUCGCUAAUAAGACAGUUUGGAAUUAUCUCAAGCAACUUGACUUUGUGCACAAAAAGCCACGACAAGAUCCACACGAGUUGACCGAAGCACAAGUCGCCAAACGAGUCGAAAUUUGCCGCCAAUUGCUCAACAAUCCGUUGAAUGACCGUUUUUGGAAGCGAAUUGUGACAUCAGACGAGAAGUGGGUCUACCUGGUCAAUCACGAUCGAAGCAAGCGUUGGGUCCCAAAAGGUCAAACUCCUCCAUCCGUUCCGAAGCAAAAUCAAUUUGGAAAGAAGAUCAUGAUUUGCGUUUGGUGGAACUUCGAAGGAAUCUUGCAUUUUGAACUUGUGCCGAAUGGUCGCGCCAUCAACGCUGAACUUUACUGCGAGCAACUUGAUCGAGUCUACGAUGCGCUGGUUGAAAAGUACCCAAGUCUUGUUCGUCGAAAAUGCGCUUUGUUUCAACAAGACAAUGCAAAGCCGCAUACCGCCAGAAAGACCAGCAACAAGUUUGAAGAAUUGGACGGUGUCGAAGUUCUGCCGCAUCCAGCCUAUAGUCCAGACAUUGCUCCAUCUGACUACGGUCUCUUCCGAUCAAUGCAGCAUUUUAUGAAAGGUCGCCGAUUUGAGUCAUUCGAUGAAGUUGAAGAAGCAUGUCAAGAAUUUUUCGAUUCAAAGCCGAAGGAGUGGUACUUUGACCAAAUCCGAAAGCUUGCAGAUCGUUGGCAGAAGGUCGUGGACAAUGAUGGUCUUUAUUUUGAAGAAUAG